AUGAUUUUGAAUGUAAUUUUGUUACUCAACAUACUGAAUCUCUCAAGAUGCUCCAAGGUCAUCGACGCUGAUAUUCAGAGCACUGUUGUCGUGUCCAACUACUGUCCAGCUAUGAAAGGCUGCAGAGAGGGAACCCAUGUUAUGUGCACGUAUUAUGAUCAUGAACACCCGGUGGGCGAACAUUGUCACGAGUAUGUUAGAUUCACAAUAACACCGCAAAUGGUUUAUCAGAUACUUGAAGAAGUCAACUAUAUAAGACUCAAAGUAGCUACGGGGAAAGAAGUUGGAAAAAAUGACCUGCCUUUACCAAGAGCAUAUGGAAUGAUGAAAAUGCAUUGGGACGGUGAGCUAGCAACUUUUGCUCAGGUACUCGCCGAUCAGUGCCUUGGUUUGAAAGAGGAUCAAUGCAGGGCUACUGAAAAUUUCCCAAAUCCUAGUCAAGUGAUAACAUUAACAAACUUCAAAGCGCCCAACUGGGACUAUUUGACCCGCAACACAACCACACAAGGGUUGACCAAAGAAAAGAUCUCAUUUGCAAUAGAAAGAGCAUUGAAAUCCAUGCAUGCUGUCAAAAAGAUGGUCGAUCCAAGUGUAAUUUACGAUUGUCCAGCUAUGGAAAAACUUCCAGAUUUGAGCUCAAGAAGUUACUUGAAGCUGAUCCGAGGUAAAGCGACACACAUCGGCUGCGGUAUGUCAGCUUAUACAAGAUACCAGAUUUUACACAACGGAGCAGAGAAUAUGUAUAAUAGUGUCCAAAUAGUAUGCAACAUAUCGGACGGCCCGCAGCGGUCACAAUCCCUCUAUACUACCGACCCUCCGAUACCUGGUACCGGCUUUACGGAGCACUGUGGAUGUCCACCAGGGUACCAAGAGACUGAAGGUUGCUUGUGUGAACCAAAGCCUAAAGAUACUUCUAAGAUAGCUGAAGUUAAUCGAGUUAAAUGGGAGCCUAAUGACGACAAUGAAAACCAAAUUGGUCCACAGUCAGAAGUCCCAGCAUGCACGGAAUCAAUCGGCGAUCAAACUCCAAAAGUCUUGGUCCUGCCUAUAUUCCACGUACAAGAUUAUCCUAAGGGGACAUACAAACCUGAUACUGAGGUUGAAGCUCGAUUUCAUCAAAGGUAUGGAAACAUGACAUUCAUGCCAUCUGACUCGUCUGUAGAAACCAAUGAAAUACAAGUAUCUGAAGAUAAAUAUGAAAAGAAACCAGAACCCUUAAAAAUCCGUACGAAUAACACCAGUCACAUUAUACGCCGCAAUAUGCCACGAAAAAAAAAUAAAAAGAAAUUCUUUAAGCUCAAACGUAAGGGUGUAGUGCCAACAAAGAAACCUGUAAAAUUGGUGGCAAGGACAGACAAGUAUGAUGCGUCUGCCAAUAGCUUUGAAGAUAAUGAUGUUUUUGACCAUAGCCCUCAUGUUACAAAACCUAACCGUACAAAACCUGGGUCCAAUUUUGAAAAUAAUCAUAUUGAAGACGUUGUCAAUAAAGAUAACGAUACCUCAUUCCUAAAACUACUCAAUAGUCUAGAACGAAAAAUACAAGAUGUUGAACUAGAAGGAACUGAAAGAGAACUCUUUGAUGUCAAAAUGAGAAAAAUAUACGAAGCUGUGCUCAAAACUAAAAUAAGGAUACCAACAACGACAGUGGGAGCUACACAAAGAAUAAGACUUAAAAAAACAUCAACUCAUAGGACUUCUAUUAAACCAAUGACAUUUGCACCAGCCGAUAUUGUAAGUGACCUUCAUGACGAAUCCGAAAAUUUUAAAUUAACAUCAGGUGUUCCGUUUGAAGAUAUUAGAAGGUCAUUUGAGAGACGUAUCGCAGAAGAUAAUGAACAAGACCACCAACAAAGUACUACAGUUACCGUUAACUAUUUACCUGACAAAGAAAGCGAUGAGUUUUUCAAAAUUGAAAAUAAAAAGGUAACUAAUCUUUUUAAUAAUAGAGCCAAUCGCGGAAGCUUUAAUUAUUUUUCAAACAAGCGCGGUGAUUUAAGUCACUUUAAUGUUGAUCGGCUUUACGAUAAACUACAUAGUCAUAAGAAGUUAGCUAGAAAACAAGAAGAUAUAGACAAUUAUUACCAAACUAAAGAGAAAAUUGUGCAGGAUUAUAAUAAUCACUAUAAUUUCCGAACCCAUAAUGAGCGUUCGUAUGGACGUAGUAAAAAAGACGACGAAGAGCAUACAAAAACUUUGGGCGCAGGAAUAAAAAAGCCGGCGUUUGAAGUAAAACAGGCAAUGAAGAAUGUUAGGAAAUCUUAUCCCAGUAACGUUUUCGUAUGGAAAGCACCCGCUUUUGGAUACAGACCAGUUCAUGAACAAUUUCAGAACGACCAGGAAAAACCGAUGACAAACCUCGACCACUUAUAUGGAAGAGCUACUGCAUGACUUUUGAACAAAGAAUCCAGUUUUAUUUAGACCAGAGGCAGAAAUUAUCAAAAACUUGUG